AUGUUGGGUGGCAGCUGGGGAUUAGCUGGAUCAGGGUACGGCAGCUGUCCAGAGGGUAUUGUAACCGGCCCUCACAUCGGGAAAUGCGCCGAGAUAGGCAGCGUGUUUGUCGUCCUAUCUGGAACAAUAAAGAGCCGGGAGACAAGGGUCAAGAAAGGGGCUAAGGUACCCAAGAACUGGACGAAGCAACGCACACUUUGGAACGGCUUCGUAGAUUGGAGAACGGAGGCAGCAAGAUACCCAGGUGUGCUUGGAGCAAAAGUGGUUGCAGAAGGUCGCCCUCGAGGUGGUGGGCAUGGAGCUUACUCAGCUCGGCUUCCAGCGGUGGGACGGAUCAUCGUACCUCCGAUCCUGCAAGGAUUGGCAUCUAGGAUUCAUUCUCCGUAUAUAUGA